AAAAAAUAAUUAGUUGUUGGUUUUGGCAGAAAAUAACCUCUUUGGUUUUGUACACGUUUUUAGGUUUUGAAUUUGAUUUUACUUGAUUUUCUCUAGGUUUUUAGCAAACAAUUAACAUGUCUGAAUCAGGCAUAUGCAGAAUUAAACCUGAGUUCAUUAUUAUUGAAGAAAAACCAAAAGACUUGGCUAUUCAAUGUGUAUCAGAUAAGGAUUUAACCGAAAUAAAAUCUUCAGGCAAUGAGAUUCAACAAGCCACAAAUAAACGUCAACAAGAGAAUGGUGAAGUAUCCAAUAAAAAGAGGAAAAAGUUGCAAGGUCAAAACAAGUCGAGAGGUCCAACAUAUAGAAUUACACAAGAUAAAGAACUUUGUAAUUUAUUAGUCCAAUUCAAAGGUGAAAAUGUUGAAUGCAACAGAAAAAAUUGUAAUUUCUUGCAUAAUAUUGAAGAAUAUUUGAAAGUUAAGGGAGACGAUUUGGGAGAUACCUGUUAUAAUUUUGAAACCACUGGAAAGUGUGAAAGGGGAUUAGCUUGUAGAUUUGGCUCUCAACAUAUUAAUGGAAAUGUUAAUAUAAUUAAUGAAGAAAAAUAUAAUGAAUAUUCUAAAAAUCAUACCCAAACAAGGAACAUUCUAAAUAAAGACUUACAACAUUCUCUAAGGAAAAAGACUUAUGAUUUUAGUUUAUCAGAAGCAUUAAUUAAAUAUAAUGAUAAAGCUAAAGGGAAGGUUGAUACCUCCACAAAAGUGACCAAAUCAAGUGGGACUGUAACUGAUGAGGACAUAAUUAAAAUUCAGCAGAGAGAAAAGCAAACAAUUGAUUGGAAGGGCAAAAUAUUUUUGAGUCCAUUAACUACAGUAGGCAACCUGCCAUUCCGAAGGAUAUGCAAGGAGUUUGGUGUGGAUAUAACCUGUGGAGAAAUGGCAAUGUGCUCGUCACUACUUCAAGGUGCACCACAAGAGUGGGCUCUUGUAAAAAGACAUCAUACUGAAGAUAUUUUUGGAGUUCAAUUAUGUGCCAAUAACCCUCAUGUCUUAACUAAAUGUGGUCAACUCUUGACCAAAGAAAUUGAUAUUGAUUUUAUUGAUUUGAAUCUAGGGUGCCCCAUUGACCUUGUGUAUAAAGAAGGAGGAGGAUGUGCACUCCUCAGAAGACAAAAAGUGUUAGAAUCAUGUGUUACUAAUUUAAGUCAGAUAAUAAAUAUCCCUCUUACAGUCAAGACUAGAACAGGAGUUUAUAGUGAUGAGAGAAUUGCACAUAAAUUGGCCCCAAACUUCCGGGACUGGGGUGCUAGCUUGUUGACAAUACAUGGGCGUUCUAGAGAACAAAGAUAUACAAAAAUGGCUGACUGGAAUUACAUAAAUGAAGUAGUUCAAGCUGCUGCACCACUACCUGUCUAUGGUAAUGGAGAUAUUUUGAGUUACAACGAUUACAAAAGCUCUUUAGAAAUAUGUCCUGGAUUAGCUGGUGUAAUGAUUGGUAGAGGAGCUUUGAUUAAACCUUGGAUCUUCACGGAAAUUAAAGAACAGCGGAUUUGGGAUAUUUCAAGUUCAGAACGAUUUGAUAUCUUGAAAAAAUUCACAAACUAUGGGCUUGAACAUUGGGGUUCUGACAAUAAAGGAGUUGAAAAUACACGCAGAUUUAUGCUUGAGUGGUUAUCAUUUUUAUAUAGAUAUGUGCCUGUAGGGCUCUUGGAGCAACCACCUCAAAAAGUUAACGAACGCCCCCCGUCGUAUAGGGGUAGAAAUGAUCUUGAAACCUUGAUGGCUUCUAAUUCAGCAUCUGACUGGAUAAAGAUAACAGAAAUGCUGCUUGGGCCAGUUCCUGAAAACUUUCGAUUUCUACCUAAACAUAAAGCUAAUUCUUACAAAUGAAUAAAUAAAUACUCAUGAAAA